UGCUGUUCCGGUUUCAGAAGUCGGGCCAAAUAAGACCGAAGUGGCCAUCCGGUUCUCAAUGUACUCUUCAUGAUGAUUAAUCGGUGCCAAAUGGCUUUAGCGACAGCUGCCCUUCUCUUAGCUGUUGUCAGCUUUGAUCUCACGAGCUCCCAGGUAAUUGAAAUCAACAGGACAGACUGUUCUCAGUGGGCGUUCUGGGCCUCGUGGUCCCAAGUGAGCCUCUGUACAGUCCCUUGUGGUACGGGCACACAAACCAGACAGAGGCAGAGGGCGUGCCUGGCUCGUGACGUCAGACAGGUGGAUAGGCAGACGUUUGAGUGUAACGUCGGCUCAGUUCAUGGAGGAUUUGGCCAGUGGGGAAGAUGGUCAACACAGACUCGCUGCCCUACUUUUUGUGGGCGUGGUUUGAGGAAGCGAACCCGGAAGCGCAAAUGUGCCAACACCACCCCUUCUUGUGGAGGGAGAGAAUGUAACGAAGAAGAUCUAGUGGAGGAGUCCUUCAGAACCUGCUACAGGUUACCUUGCUUCGGAUUUUGCUCGCACACGUCCCAGCCUACGUAUAUCUCCCCAUUCAGGCCAGCUCCAGGGUACUACCUUGAGUGCAGGUCCGGAUCUGGUUAUAUGAAGCGCUGUCCUCGUGAUAUCUUCAGUAGCAUGAUCCCUGAGUUCGAAGACGUUGCCAAAGUGUGUCAAGCAAUUUAUUUUUGAGCUGGAGUUUAUAAAUUAUUAUGAUGUCAGAAAGCAAAUACGUGCCCUGACGCUGAAAAAUAAAUAAUAUACGAGCAAUAUAAGAAGUCCACAAGA